AUGGCAGCAGCAGCAGUAGAGGCGUCGAGUCGCGCUCUCAUUGGCCGACGGAGCCCGCGGCCCGCGCGCUCAUUAGCGGCCCCCCCGAAGUGCGCCUGCGCCAACCCCCUCAUGCUAUUAAGGGCGCGGGAGCCCCCUCCGACCCCGCGCGCUCAUUGGACGCGGGAACGCCGGCCGGCGGCUGCAGUGCGCCUGCGCCAGCCCCGGCCCGCCGCACUGCGCCUGCGCCACCCCUACAUGCCCAUCCCUAUAUGCCCGCGCGCUCAUUGGACGCGGGAACCCGGCGCGCUUCAGUGCGCCUGCGCCAGCCCCACAUGCGCUUUUGACCGCAGGAGCCCGCGCGCUCGCUGCUCCAGCCCCGCCCACACCCCAGGCCCGCGCGCUCAUUGGACGCGGGAUCCCGGCGCGCCUCACCCCGGCGCGUCCCCGCCCAAACGGAGCUCGCGCUCUCAUUGGCGGCGGGGCCCCGCCGCGCCGCUCUCCGAUUGGGCGGCGGGGGAGGCGGGGGGCGUGGCCAGGGCGAGCGGGGCGCCGUGCGCAUGCGCGCCGCUCCACGCGGUGCCGGGGCUCGUGAUGUUGCGCGCGGGGCUGCGCGGGGCCCUGCGCGGGGGGCUGGGGGGGACGCCUCCUCCUCCUCCUUUGCCUCCUCCUCCGCGCCGCCCCCGGGCUUGCAUCACGACGCCCAUUUUCUACGUGAACGCGGCGCCUCACAUCGGCCACCUGUACUCGGCCCUGCUGGCCGACGCCCUCGCCCGCCACCGACGCCUCAAGUGCCCGGACCCCAUCCUCCUUUCCACCGGGACGGACGAGCACGGGCUGAAGAUCCAGCAGGCAGCGGCGAGCUCGGGCCUGUCCCCGCCGGACUUCUGCGAGCGGAACUCGGCCCGUUUCCGGCGGCUCUUCGAGCAGGCGGGCGUCUCCUUCGGGGACUUCGUGCGCACCAGCGAGGACCGGCACCGGCGGGCCGUGGACCACUUCUGGGCCCGGCUGGCCGAGCGCGACCUCCUCUACAAGGGCCACUACCGGGGCUGGUACAGCACGGCCGACGAGGCCUUCCUCCCCCAAGACCGCGUCGCCUGGCGGCCCGGCCCGGCCGGAGACACCGUCCCCGUCUCCCUGGACAGCGGCCACCCGGUGCAGUGGACGGAGGAAGAAAACUACAUGUUCCGGCUGUCGCGGUUCCGCGCCCCGCUCCUGCGCUGGCUCCGUGACGACCCCUCCGCGGUGGCCCCCGAGCCCUUCCGCCAGACGGUCCUGGGCUGGCUGCGGGAGGAGCUGCCGGACCUGUCGGUCUCCCGGGAGCGCAGCCGCCUGCACUGGGGGAUCCCCGUCCCCGGGGACCCCACCCAGACGGUGUACGUCUGGCUGGACGCCCUGGUCAGCUACCUGACGGUGAGCGGCUACCCCGGCCCGGGCCCGGCCGACACCUGCCACGUGGUGGGCAAGGACAUCCUCCGCUUCCACGCCGUCUACUGGCCCGCCCUGCUGCUGGCCGCCGGGCUCCCCCCGCCGCGGAGGAUCCGCGUCCACUCCCACUGGACGGUCGGGGGCCGGAAGAUGUCCAAGAGCCUGGGCAACGCGGUGGACCCCGGGGCCUGCCUGGACCGCUUCACGGUGGACGGCUUCCGCUACUUCCUCCUCCGCCAGGGCGUGCCGAGCCGGGACGGCGACUUCUCCCCCGAGAGGGCCGAGGGGCUGGUCAACGCGGAGCUGGCGGACGCCCUGGGCGGCCUCUUGAAUCGCUGCACGGCCCCCGCCCUCAACCCCGCGGGCACCUUCCCCCGCUUCCGCCGCUCCCGCUUCGCGGCCCGGGCCCGGCCGGAGGACCGCGCCCUGGUGGAGGCGGUGGCCGCCCUGCCGGGCCUGGUGGCCGCCCACUUCGACGACUUCCGCAUCUACCGGGCCCUGGAGGCGGUGGCCGACUGCGUGCGGCAGGCCAACGGCUUCGUCCAGCGGCACGCCCCGUGGCGGCUCAGCCGGGACCACCCGGACGAGGGGCCCUGGGCGGACACCGUCCUCCACGUGGCCCUGGAGAGCCUCAGGGUCUUCGGGACCCUCCUGCAGCCCGUCGUGCCCGCCACGGCCCACCGCCUGCUCUCCCGGCUGGGCGUGGCGCCCGCCGAGCGGGGCCUGGGCGCCGUCGACUUCCUGCCCGCCGGCCGGGGGCUGCCGUGCCCGUUUGAGGGGAGGGGGCUGGGCCCGGACACGGGGGUCUUGUUCCCCAGGCUGGACGGGGCCGGGGGGCGGCUGGCCCGGUAGCUCGCCCUCCCGUCCCCCCCAGCCGGCGGGGAUUGUUCGGCGGGCCGCGUCGGGAAGGGUCACCCCCACUCCCCACACCCCCUCGGUAAGGGAAAGCCACUACGAUAACGGUAGUAAUCGCCCCCGUGACUGUGGUAUCCAUCCGGGCGCCCGGGUGGGUCCCCGCGAGCCUCACGGGCUUCCGUCCCCAUUCGACGGGUGAGGGGACCGAGGCCCGGAGAAGGGAGGCCACCCUUCCGGGUCCUUCCGUCUUCCGCUCCCCACCGGACCACCGCUCCUCCCGUGGCGAGACAAACCAAUAAAUUAUUUUUGGGGUGAUUACUA